CCCAGGAGGAGCCUAUACCUCUUUACGACUGGUUGUUGUGUCAAUCAAACUUCCGCACUCUGACCAAGAUGGCAGCCUCCAGCACUGUGCUUUCUCUCUCUCAAGCCUUGAAACCAUUGGGCCUUUGGGGUGGACGACUGGGAAAUUCAGCAAGAGUGUUCGGUGCUGUGGUCAACUGUCACCGAGGGAAGUCGACGUACACGGGCCCAAUCAUUCCACCCCCUGCAAAGUAUGGCGGUCGACACACUGUGACCCUCAUUCCUGGAGAUGGAAUCGGACCCGAGCUGCUCAACCAUGUGAGGGAACUCUUCAGAUUCAGCUGUGUUCCUGUGGACUUUGAAGUGGUGAAUGUGAACUCUUCUCAGGACGCUGAGGAAAACAUCAGCAAUGCCAUCACUGCCAUCCGUCGCAAUGGAGUGGCUCUUAAGGGAAACAUUGAAACCAACCACACUAUGCCACCAUCCGUUAAAUCUAGGAAUAACCUUCUCCGCACAACUCUGGACCUCUUUGCCAAUGUGAUGCAUUGUCAGUCCCUCCCAGGGGUCCAGACCCGCCACAAGAACAUAGACAUCAUCAUCAUCCGAGAGAACACGGAGGGGGAGUACAGCAGUCUGGAGCACGAGAGUGUGUCUGGUGUGGUGGAGAGUCUGAAGAUCAUUACCAGGUUCAACUCCCUGCGCAUCGCUGAGUACGCCUUCAAACUGGCCCGCGAGAAGGGCCGGCGCAGGGUCACAGCUGUGCACAAAGCCAACAUCAUGAAGCUGGGGGACGGCCUGUUCCUGCAGUGUUGUAAGGAGGUGGCCGCUGGAUAUCCAGACAUCGCCUUUGACAGCAUGAUUGUGGACAACACCACUAUGCAGCUUGUGUCCAAGCCUCAACAGUUUGAUGUAAUGGUAAUGCCCAACCUGUAUGGCAAUGUUGUCAGCAACGUGUGUGCUGGACUAGUGGGUGGUCCUGGUCUGGUGCCGGGGGCCAACUACGGCAACAACUACGCUGUCUUUGAGACCGCCACUAGGAACACAGGCAAGAGCAUUGCUGACAGGAACAUCGCCAACCCCACCGCCAUGCUGCUGGCCAGCUGCCUCAUGCUGGAUCACCUCAAGCUUCAUGAGUAUGCGAGUAUGAUCCGCGGCGCUGUCCUUCAGACCAUGAACGAGACUCGGUUGCACACCCCAGACAUCGGGGGGCAGGGCACCACCUCGGAGGUGGUUCAUUCCAUCAUGAAGAACAUCCAGAGCACUGGGCCCCUUACCACUGAGCUCUAAAUGCUUGGCUCCCUAUGUGUCAACUCCAGGACCAUCACACAGAUCAAACUACUUAAAGAAGACUUUAAUUUUAAUUCAAAUGAAUGCGUUUUCACCCAUGAAUUUCCCUUGUGACUGACCAAGCACCAAAGUGUCUGUGUGUGUGUUUGAGAAAGAGAUUCAGUGCUCUCCAAUAACAGCAUGGUUGGUAAUCAUUUUGUUCAUUUUCUCAAAACACUUUGAAACGUAGUGCUGUGUAGGCAGCAGUCCAUUCUCCAGUUGCCUUUCAGUUUUCAUAUCACAUUCCAAGGUACACUUUUCAUCAGAACAGACCUUACUCAACGUCUCGCCCAAUUCCAUUAUUUUGUAGUUCUUAAUGGUGGUCCAAUUACACCAAGGUUUACAUUGGCUAGCGGAAGUCUAAUCUAGCAGGGCAGCUCCAGUUCACUCUCCACUCCUGGGCUCCUCUUGGCUGUAAAUGUGAACGGCUUGACGCCUGACCUUACCCCCCGGUCCCCUCCUCUCUGCUGCUCAUUCCUCUUCACCUCGCAACCCUUGCUGUGGACAGCGGUGUCGGACUUCGCCUGGUGCCCUGCCACCCUCUGUUCCACUGGCUCUCUCCUGACCUCUCCCCACCAGGGAGACGCCAGGACGUCACGUAAGGUCUUAGGAAAUCAUUUUGUAGGUAUUAAGUGACCUUUUCACCUUUUGAUUUGUUUGCAUGGCCUUAUGUUAUUGGUUUAUUUGCCUACUCCGUUUUGUUUCCGCCACAUUUGUCUGAUUGUUGUACCGUAAAUGUUUUGAUCAUGACUGUUACAAGUACCCUGUUAAAUGAACAGUGCUUACCUUUUAUCAUGGGGGCAAAUAUCAAUGACUGCCAUAAUACCAAACCUGUUUUUAUUUAUUCUUUCAAAAUUGUAUCAAUAAAAUAUUUUAAAAGUAAUCUAAAAGCUAUCCGUUAUCCUAAAGAAGCUAUCUUGUAAUUUAUCUAAUCUAAUACAAGAUUACCGGCUUCCAGAACAUCAAUGUAGCUAAAGCACGCAUGACUGGAAUAACAGAACUGUGCAGAAGUCUAAAUAAAACCUUGGUUCAUCUA